GGAGAAGGGGGGGGAGGGACGCCGGAAUAGCCCCUUUCUCCCGCCAUUUUUCGAUUGCACAGGAAUUUUUCAGUACUCCGCAGAGCCAACCCCGCAUCCAGGCCCAACAGACAAAGCCGAAGGCUAAUUAGUGUCCCUGGUGCCGGGAAGGGAGCGGGGCGAUUAAUGUGCACGAGUCUCCUGGGGAGAAGGUGAUUAACAUGCUUUCUCACAAGAAGUCGGCCGAAGUUCACUGCGAUCAGUGGGUGCUCCUUGCACCAGAAUCUGUUACUGAUCUUCAAGGAAAGACUGAAGGUGGACCUGUGUUUACAAAACUGCAUAACCCAUGUACAGGGGAAGCAGCCCUUUACUUGUUCAAUACCAAUGCGCAACAGCUGUUUGAAGUAAAAGCUUUCCAUGAAGAGUACCAUUCUUGGUUUAUAGGUCAGACAGUGCAACAUGAUGGUCGCCUUUUACUUGUAACACCAAUGGACCCUUUGUUUAUGGUUCUGUACUACCUUAUAAAGGCUGAGAAAGAGCAGGGGAAGUUUCAGCCACUGGAUCAGAUUGUGAUAGACCCAGAGUUUCCUAGCUGUUCCAUGCUGUUGCAAUGUGCCAAUCUCAGACUGUUUCUUCACCAUGUGACAGAGGAAAAAGAAAUUGGCAAUAAGAAGUUUUAUAAGUACAGCAAAGAGAAAACAUUGAAGUGGCUGAAUAAAAAGGAUUACAUCCGUUAUGCUUAUGGCCUAAUAUCCGAAUAUAUACCUAAGGAAUUAAGUGAAGACUUAGCUAAAUACUUAAAGCUUCCAGAACUUUCUGCUCCAUUGCCUGAGCCUCCAUUAAAGAAAAGGAAGUCGUCAGGUGGUCCUGUAGAAGCAGAGGAAGACUACACUAAGUUUAACAGUGUAGAUCUGAAGACCAAAAAGACAAAUAGCAAAAUGACGGCAGCUCAGAAGGCUCUGGCUAAAGUUGACAAGAGUGGAAUGAGAAGUAUUUCCACCUUUUUUGGCUCAAAAGCUAAAGCAUCAAAAUAAGGAUAUUAAAGCCUCUAAAAAAUCUAGAUAGACUUAUUUUUUUAUGUUUUUACAUAGAUCCUGCCCCCAUGUACUCAUCCCCAAUAAAAUAAAAUAUAAUAUCUCAAAAGAAAUAUUGGAGUCAUAGUUUAAUUUUGAUUCAGCAAAAUUGCAUGUGGGAGAUUUCUGUGUUCCAGAACACACAAAAAAAGGGUAUAUGUUUUACAGGCUUUUUGUAACCAGAGGGUCAUGUUUGACAAAAAAAAAAGAAACCAAAACUAAAGCUUUUCAUAAAGUCACAGCCAGUGUUUGUAUUUUAUACCCUUGCCUGUUUUGAGGGUUGGGUAAGGGAAAUGGGAGUUAGGGAGAGUUGGUUGGCAAGAAGAAGAAAAGUAAUCAAGUGAAAUAGA